UCAUUGUUGAACAAUACUUCCAGGGGAGAACAACACAUCUACGCAGAUGACUGUAAAACUAUUUUAAAUUUCAGAAAAAUAAGACAAAUAUUUUAAGUGGAAUAGUGGAGAAUCUGAAAAUAUAUUUGUACUAAUUUUAUAUAUCAGAAAGUGUAAAUUAUUCACAAAACUGCAUUUAGAUCGUAAAAUCCAGCAGACCGUAUCAACGUUAUAAAUCUCAGUACUUGCCUGAUCUUAAAAUGUCUACAUUUAGAAAAGACAGUUGUUUUAAAGUUUGUUUACUGAUUGUAGCUGUCAGUUUUGUCUGUUUUGUCCUUUCAAAAUUCCAGAAAAUUGCAGGAAGUGAACAAUGGCCACUGGCUGAUGUACAGAAAAUUGCAGGAAGUACAGUAUUACCAGUGGCUGGUGUACAGAAAAUUGCAAGAAGUGCAGUAAUGCCAGUGGUUAUACCAUCCCUAGAAGAGUUGAAAACAAAAACAGAAAUAGAACUUGAAGAUAUGUACCAUGGAUUUCUGAACAAUGUUCAGGUGAAGUGUAACAAGAUAAUGCGUGUUGGUUCCAUUGGUGACGGAGGAUGGAAUGUUUGUUUGGAUGACGAAUGGUAUCCCAAGAAGCCUUGCUUGGUAUACUCAUUUGGGAUUGGUUGGGAUUCGUCUUUUGAUGUUGCCAUGAAAGAUAUCUUUGGCUGUGAAGUACAUUCCUUUGACCCAUUUGAAAAGAAAAUUCCAAAUCGUGAAUUGUUAAAUUUCCAUGAUAUCGGAAUAAGUAACAAAUCAGGCAUUGACGGAGGCAGACAGUUUAUGACACUACGAGACACUCGCAAGCAUUUAAAUCACACAAAUAAGGAUAUCAGUAUUUUGAAAAUGGAUGUAGAAAGCUCAGAAUGGCGCUCCUUGACGAAGGCGAUGUCUGACGGCGAACUAAAUCAUGUGAAACAACUAGCACUUGAGUUUCACAUCGCUGGAAAAGAAUCGGCGUUUUUCAUUUAUGCGCUUUAUAUUAUCAAGAAUCUGAUGGAUUUUAAUUUCCGUAUAUACCACACAGAAAGGAAUAAUAACUGCCAAUACAUAAAUUCCAGAAAUAUGAAACUGACAAAGUGUCAGAACGUCCACUUGAUUAAAGUUAGUUAA